GGGGCUGCGCCAUGCUGCGGGGGGCGGCCGUGCGGGCCGCGCUGCUGCGGGCGGUGCGCGGCGCUCCGGGCAGAGCCGGGUUGGGCCGCGCCGUGCCCCGCGCUGAGGAGGAGGAGGAGGAGGAGGAAGAGCGGCAGCGGGGGGGGCGCGUCCCGCUGUACCCCGGGCACAUCCCCACCACCCCGCUGCAGAAAGCGCUGCUGGCGGCCGGCUCGGCGUGCGCGGCGCUGUGGGACCCCUACAGGCACGACAUGGUGGCGGUCCUCGGCGAGACCACGGGCUGCCUUGCCCUGCCCAAGCUGCGAGACAGGAUGAGGAAUGACCCCGAAGGUUACCGCAUCCUCCAGGAGCGGCCUCGCAUCCGCCUCUCCACGCUGGACAUGGCCCGGCUGGGGGGGCUGCCAGAUGGCACCCUGGGCCGUGAGUACAUCCGCUUCCUGGAGGACAACAAGGUUUCUCCAGACACCCGCAUGCCAGCCAAGUUCGUGGAUGAUGAAGAGCUGGCCUACGUGAUCCAGCGGUACCGGGAAGUGCACGACCUGAUGCACACCCUGCUGGGCAUGCCCACCAACAUGCUGGGUGAGGUGGUGGUGAAAUGGUUCGAAGCCGUCCAGACGGGGCUGCCCAUGUGUGUGCUGGGAGCAGCGUUUGGCCCCGUUCGUCUCAACGCACGAAAGCUGCAGGUCCUGGCCACGGAGCUGCUCCCAUGGGCGGUCCGGAGCGGGCGCAACGCCAGCUGUGUCCUCAAUGUCUAUUACGAGCAGCGCUGGGAGCAGAGCGUGGAAUCCCUGCGGGAGGAAAUUGGCAUCUUCCCCCCUCCGGCUGUCUGUGUGUGAGAGCUCAAUGCUGCGGGGGGGGGGGUGGGGGUAGGGGGGUGGAUAGGGGAGCCCCCGUUGGCAGCUGUUUCCUGCACUGUUCCGUCCCCUCCUGCCGCAGCAGCGCGGCGUGGCUCUGCUGGUGCCGACCUGGCGCUGAGUUUUCUCCUGUCGAGACCUGGCAGCCCCCUGUUUGGGGGGGGACCUCCCCGUGCCCCGACAACUGUGAUCUCUUCCGCUGUUUGUCAGCAGGCGGAGAGGUGGCCAAAUCCCGCCGUGCUUUUGCAGCCGGGUUUUGCUGGGUUGGGAGUGAGUGCAGACACAGCAAACUCGCGGCACGCAGGGGGUCGGGGUGCUCUGCUGCUGUGCCCGGGGUGCUCAGCCCGGCUCUGCUGCCUGGAUGUUAGCCCCGCUGGAGCUGCUGUCGGAAGAUCCCAGGCCGCCCUGAGGCCCUCCUCGUCGAAAACGUCAUCAUAUGAGGUUGUCGAUAGGGAUUGCCUUCCUCUGACAGCGAAGUGGUGCGAUGUGCAGUAGGGCACAGUGCCGGCAGAGCAGCACGGGAGGCUGCGCUGCAUCCGGCAGUGCGGGCUGAGGGUUGUGGUGCCGGCGGCUGUUUGCAGAGUGGGGCGGAGCCGCGAGGCAGGUGGGGCUGCGCACGGGGAGGUUUGCUGUUGAAAUUCCUUCUUGCUCAAUAAAAGCUGCGGUGGAGCUGC